GUUCGAACAGACAAAUAAAUACAAAGGCAGUUCUGAUCAGCUUAGUGAGACAUCUCAUUAUCGCCAGGUGAGUCGGAAGACCAUAAUACUAUAUGGUGCCGUACCGUUUCACAUCCAGAUUUGUGCACCUCGUCUUCUCAUUCCGGAAUCAAUCCAGCCAUUCCGGGAGCCAGUCAAUUCGUGGGCUUUGAUGCAAUUUGGCUUCUGUGUGAGCCACUCUGCCAUUUGGACCCUGUUCUGUGUGGCUCGCCGAUCACGCCAUGUGUAGUUUAGUUGCAGUUUCGAUUCGCAUCGGAUUGCCUUGCCCAGGCAGCGCAUCAAUCAUCCAUCACGCACGAAAGACAACGAACCAGCCCGGCAGAGCAAACCUGAAUGGCAAACGCCCCACGCCAUGCAUGCGAUUGUAUCCAAGGUUCAGGUUCUGGCAGGAAUUUGGGAUGCAAUUUGGCUACCUCGCUGAACUUGGUCCCCGAUUAAAAUACCUUUCUAAAAAGUUUGCAGAGGCCUUCAAUUGAAGGUUUAUUUCUUUUGUGAAAUUCUUUUAAACGAAAUGGUUUUCUAAUUCUAUUUUACAACAUUUAAGAAAAGUAUUUAGGGGCAUUAUUUUAAUCUAAAUGAUAAACAUCCAGUUAUUUAUAUUUUUCUAAACAUUUCUUUGGCAUGAUUAACAGUUGCUGUUUCCAAAGAUCUAA